GCUCCUCUGUGGGCUGGACGCUUACGUUACGGUGUUGACGUCAGAUGUUCAGAGAGCGAAAUUAAUUAGUCAGAAACGGAGGAAACGGCGGUCAAACAGUACAUUCCAGAGGUGGAACCUGUCCAGUGCUUGUCUGGUCGCUUGUUUUACUGCAUUAUCUCAUCUUGAAGUUUGAAAACUGACUACAGUGUCCCACCACAUGUUCACAUGUUAGGUGAAGACUACAGCCCAGUGUGUAACCUCCAGGUGCUGGUAGAGGUUGCUUGACUUCAGGAAGAUGGACCCAAAGGACGACAAGCGAACCGCGCCAUGCAGCGGCCCUGUUUGUGUGAACAACCCACACCUGGAUGCGAUGAAAGACGACAUCCUCUACCACUUCAGUUUAGGAACCAGAACCCACGACCUGCCAGCGAUGUUUGGUGAUGUCAAAUUUGUGUGUGUCGGGGGUAGUCCCUGGAGAAUGAAGUCAUUCAUCGAGUACAUCGCUGCUGAGCUCAGUAUGGAGGACCCCAAAUCAGAGUAUCCAAAUAUCUGUGCUGGAACGGAUCGCUAUGCUAUGUACAAAAUUGGCCCUGUACUCUCUGUCAGUCAUGGGAUGGGCAUCCCCUCCAUUGCCAUAAUGUUGCACGAGCUGAUAAAGCUCCUCCAUCAUGCACGUUGCACAGAUGUUACAAUUAUACGCAUUGGGACGUCAGGUGGAAUAGGGCUUGGGCCUGGCACUGUUGUUAUCACCAAGCAGUCGGUGGAUGCCACCUUCCUGCCCAAGUUUGAGCAGGUGAUCCUGGGGAAGACAGUGGUGCGUAACACCGAUCUGGACCAAAGCCUGGCUGAGGAGCUGUUGCAGUGCAGCAAAGAGCUGAACCAGUUUGAGACGGUGAUAGGCAACACCAUGUGCACGCUGGAUUUCUAUGAAGGACAGGCCCGUCUGGAUGGUGCUUUCUGCUCCUACACUGAGAAGGAUAAACAGGACUACCUCAAGAAAGCCAAUGAAGCAGGAGUCUGCAACAUAGAAAUGGAGUCAUCUGUUUUUGCUGCCAUGUGCAAGCUGAGUGGUCUGCGAGCGGCCGUGGUUUGUGUGACGCUACUGGAUCGGCUGAAGGGGGAUCAGCUGAGCAGCUCUCACGAAGUCCUUCAGGAUUACCAACAUCGUCCUCAGAUAUUGGUCGGCUCCUACAUUAAGAAGCAGCUGAGGGCCAAAGCAGGACGCAGCUAAGUGCAGCAGUUGUUGCGCUGAAAAUCUGCGAAUCUGCAAAUCUGCAAAUCUGCGAAUCUGCAAAUCUGCGAAUCUGCAAAUCUUAUAAAACAAUGAAAAUGUUGCAAUGCAAUAACUCAGCUUUAAACAUUUUUUUGUAUCCAUUAAUUUUGCUCAACAGCAGCCAUACAUUUAAAAUAUGUCCAGAAUAACCGCUGAAUUUUUGAAAUCAUGUGCUGCCUUCUAUUUAUUUCAAUGUCACAUUAUACCAGCAUGCACUAUUUCUCUUAUGCUUCCUCUUGAGUCUGAUAUGUUAUGUAGCGGCCAACAGCCACCAAAUAUGGCUUACUUUAAGGCUGCCUCUGUUUUAGACAUCAUGUUAAGUUCCUUAUCUAUUAAAAAGAAUAAAGCUUGAACCUUUUCAUGACUUUUUUGGUUACUUACAAUGGUGCUGUAAGAAAAUCACCUCAACUGUCACUACUUGUUUCAUGAAAACCAAAAAAUUCCACUGUUAUUUAUAAACAUGUGUCCUUAAAUGUAGAGCAGCUAUAAUAUUUAUCACUUGGAGUAUUUUUUAUACACAAUGUAUGCCAUGUUGGACCUACAACCUGCCACAAAAUGUACAUUUUGAAAAAAAAAUCCCACUGGAUGUCUUGCCACUAAUAAAGCCUCAUGAAAUCUGAA